AAUUAAGAAACUCCCGCCCGCAUAAACCCACACCACCCCACGGCCCACGCAAUCUCUUAUAUAUUCUCACUGUCACUUCUUGUGAAUCCUAAUUCUCCGCCGAAGAACCAUUUCUCAACUUAGGUUUCAAGUUUCAACAAUGUCGAACGAUAUUCGAUUCUUUCAUCUCAACACCGGCGCCAAAAUCCCUUCCGUCGGCUUAGGAACUUGGCAGUCCGAUCCUGGCCUCGUCGGUCAAGCCGUCGCUUCCGCCAUCAAGGCUGGUUACCGUCACAUUGAUUGUGCUCAAAUCUAUGGCAAUGAGAAAGAGAUUGGUUCUGUGUUGAAGAAACUGUUUGAUGAUGGUGUAGUUAAGCGUGAAGAUUUGUGGAUUACCUCUAAACUCUGGAACACUGAUCAUGCCCCAGAAGAUGUUCCGCUAGCAUUGGACAGGACUUUGACUGACUUACAGCUUGAUUAUGUAGAUUUGUAUCUUAUCCACUGGCCUGCUCCAAUGAAGAAAGGAUCGAAGGGCUUCGCGGCUGAAAAUCUUGAGCAACCAAACUUAACCGGUACAUGGAGGGCAAUGGAAUCACUCUAUGAUUCUGGCAAAGCACGGGCUAUAGGAGUAAGCAAUUUCUCCUCCAAGAAGUUGGGGGAUUUGCUUGAGGUUGCUCGUGUUCCUCCUGCUGUCAAUCAAGUGGAAUGUCAUCCUUCGUGGAGGCAGGACAAGCUGCGUGAUUUAUGCAAAUCCAAAGGUGUCCAUCUCUCUGGAUAUUCACCUUUGGGUUCUCCUGGAACAACCUGGCUUAAAAGUGAUGUCCUUAAGCAUCCAGAUCUAAAUAUGAUUGCUGAGAAACUAGGCAAGACUCCCGCACAGGUAGCUCUUCGCUGGGGAUUGCAAAUGGGUCAUAGUGUUCUUCCCAAGAGUACACAUGAAACAAGGAUAAAAGAAAACUUCGAUGUAUUUGAUUGGUCUAUACCUGAAGACUUGUUGGAUAAAUUUUCUGAGAUUGAACAGGCAAGAUUACUCCGGGGUGCCACAUUUUGUCAUGAAUCGUAUGGUGGCUAUAGAACUGUUGAAGAACUUUGGGAUGGUGAAAUAAAUGAGUUGUUAGAUUGUUGAUUUCAUGAAAUUUUGUUAAAUGCUUGGUUUGAGACUUUCUCUCUAUCUUAGUGUGUAUGUUUGGUAUCACGGUCGAUAUGUUAGAAUCAUGGUAAUUCCCCAUGAUUUUCCAAAAGCUACACUCUGUUUGUAGCUUCUGUCACCCGUGAUUCUGGCAUACCCACCGUAAUACCAACUAUAGGAUUAAUAUCUUUUGUUAUUACCCUAUCCCAAACUUGAGAGGGAUGUGGGCUUUGGACUUGUUAGAUAGAGCACUUCGUUUACACACGCUAGUUUAUUUCUAUUUUAUUUGUUUGCUAUGAGAAUGAGAUACCAAGUUUCUAUUGCAUCA